UUCAUUUCGAGAAACAUUCAGUGCAAUCUUCCCCGCCAUUGAAUCAUACAAAUCUAUUCGGAUAAACCUUGUUAUGCCAAUUUCUUUGGUUCAACACACAAGUCCUGUUAUAGUUACCAGCUCGUGCAUACGUAGCACCGUUUGGGAAAAUUGGGAAAAUAAGGAAAUAUUUAGUGAGACGAAUAGUCAUGAGAAGUGUAUUACAAUGCGGAAUAUUAUGGGAUAA